AUGCUUUUCCACAUGGCACAGCUAUACCAAAUUACAGAAGCACACUGGAGAAUCUUCACUGACACCUUUAACCAAAAAUGCCACCUAGGCUACAUGACCAAACAAAAACUUGCUUUGGAAAUCAACACUGAAGAGUGGAAAAUCCAGAUUUGUUUUCAGGAUUGAAGAGCUAGGUACCAACUUAAGAACAGACCAGAAUCCAGGUGGGGUCACAUCAUCUACAGCCCCACUCAGUUACACAUCCUUAUUUCUGAGCAACUCCUACCCAGGAUUCACUCUGAACAGCAAGUUGCUAAGGAAAUAGGGGUCCCAGAAUCAAGAGUCCAAAUUUGGUUUUGGAAUCAAAGAUCUAGACUCCAUCCAUGUCCAAGGAAAACAGAACCUAAUGUGUUCUUAAAACAAGCACAGGGCAGCAGAGCCACUGACCAACGGGUCGACCUGAUCACGGAUAAAGUCAGUGCGUGGGGAGAGAAGCAUGGUCUUGCUAAUCCAUCCAGGCUGGGCUGGGCUCACGACCCUCUUGCUCCCAGAGCACCGGAAGGACAACCAGGCGCCGCUGCGCCGGGCUGUAAGGCAACCCCGUUACUGACAUCGCUACCCACGGUCACUCGGCCCUGCCCGCCCCCAGGUGACUCUCAGGACACAGCAGGGCAGCUGUCACGGAGUUUCUCCUUCAAGUCUUUUCAGCCUAUUCGUGGCAGACCUGCAGCUGAAAGAAAGAAAAGCGCCCUGCGUUACCGCUCCCCACAGGCACCGGGCCUCCGGGAGCCGCCGCGAGUCCCCUCCCCGCGGGCCCCGGAGACCGCGGCGUCCGACAGCGCAGCAGGUGAGGCCCCGCGGAGACCCUCGGCGCGGGGGCCGGCGCCUCCCGGUAGACGUCCCCGGGAACCCUCGGCCCGGCGUCCUCUGCUCCCUCUUCUUCCGCCGCCUCGCACCACGGCUGCGCCUGGACUCAAAACCACGGCCCGCCGCAGACUACCCAGCGUCCACGCUUCUGACUUCGAAACUGCCUCCGGAGCUCACGAGCUGCUCGCCGGAUACCGGCGACCGCACCGGAGCCAGACACCGGCGAC